AUGCUUUCCUCUGCCCUGUUUGUUGGUGGCCUGCUUGGUCUUCUGGUCAGAGCUGCUGUGCCCAUGUGCAGCCCAACGCCCUACACUCUGUUUGCCGAGAGGCCUGAGUGUGACUACUGUGUGGCCAUCAACACCACCAUCUGCAUGGGCUUCUGCUUCUCCAGGGACAGUAACGUAAAGGAGCUCUUGGGGCCGCGUUUCCUCAUUCAGAAAGGCUGUACGUAUCAGGAAGUGGAGUACCGCACAGCUGUGCUGCCUGGGUGCCCUCUGCAUGCCGACCCAUUCUUCACUUACCCUGUGGCACUCAGCUGCCACUGCAGUACCUGCAAUACUCACAGUGACGAAUGUGCCCACAGGGCCAGCAGCACUGGCACCAAGUGCUCCAAACCUGUCCUUGACAUUAACUCCUACUCAGUGGAGAGCAACUACAUACAAUCUUACUGGAAUUGA